AUGAUGAAAAUAUUCGUCGUUUGGGCUUCUUUUUUCAUUGUCCUCUGCUUAAGUUAUGUUUCUUCAAAGCUUGACUUAAGUGAUCGCCAAUUUAGCUUGAAAUCACUUCCUCCCGCACGUGGGUGAUUAAAACCAUCACUUUUUUGGAAUUAACCUGCAUUAUGAUUAAGCAAAAAAUUUUUUAUAUAAAUAUCUUUAUUUCUAAUUAAUAAUUUUAUAUUAAAAUUUAUCGCUCAUUUAAUUAAUUUUAAACAGAAAAAAAGAAGCUUUAUAUUCUGAAUUGCUUUUAAUUUCAAAUUUUUUACAAAUUGUGAUUUUUUGAGCUAGGAAAAAAUACCCUCUCAUUAAAAAGAGGUUUAGUGAAAACACUCUGCAAGGGCACUUGUAUCAGCCUUUAGAAAUUCAUGUUGAGGCGAUCGAAAAAUCCUUCAGCGACGAUAAGAUCUAUAAGGCUUUGAGCUCAACCUUAAUUGCUUCAGCCAAAAUCUUAUCAGAUUUACUAUUCUCAAAAAGAAGAAUAUAUAAAUUUAUAGUUAAAUAAUCGUUAUAUUCUGCCGAUAAAUAAUUAUACCCCAAAUAUCAUUAAUAAAUGCUACAUAAAAAGCAUACUCACCAAGCCAUCAACAGAAAAGGUUAGAUUUGGCGAAAAUAAUCAAUGCGCUGACAUCUUGCUAAGCCAGAUUACCCAAAGAGAAGACAUUGAUGCAGAUAUAGCUAUAUUUGCUGUCAGUAGUAAAGACAAAAGUGAAAUAAUUACCUCAAGGAAAUGUGAGGUAAAUGAGAAAAAAUUUAUAAAAGCUAUUGCUUUAGAAAUUAAUGCCGAGGAAUUCAUAAAACUUGAAAAAAUUUCGAAAGUCAGAGAACUUUGCAUUGCAAUUGCAAAUGUCUUAUACGGAGAUAAUGAAGAAGAAAAUCAAGUUCUGAUGAAGGAAAUAGGUGAAUAUUUGGCGAAUGAGGAAAAUAUCGGAGAAAUGAACAAAUUAGGAGCUUGCAAUACUGGAUAUUUUGUAAGUGGAGGAGUUUGCGUGGCUUGCAAUCCACCAUGCUCUGAAUGCUCUGGAACUCCAGAUUAUUGUACAUCUUGUUAUGAUGCCUGGCUCUGACUUUUAUUAUUAAAUUUAUCAUAAUUUUCAAAUUGUUUUUAAAGUAAUGUUUAAAAUAAUCUAUAAGUGAAAUAAGUCUAAUCGCCAAUUGAUAUAUUAUUUUCUAAACCAAUAGGCUUAUUUCUCUAUUAAUAUUCUGUAUUAUAGCCCGAGCAGUCUUUGGGGUAGGAGAAGAGUUGUUCAAGCCAACUAAUGCUGCUUGGCCAACUCCCCAGAUGGCAGGAUACCUGCUGAAGUUGGUAAUUCAUAUAGCAAGGAUGAGUUGGUUUGACCAAUGAUUCUUUUUCCCCUCACUCCCCUAAUCCUUGAUCGAACGGCUCGCCAUCGUUCAAUAAAGAAUGGGGGUUAAAAAAAAUUUUCUGAGAAAAAAAUUUAUAUAUAAAAUAAAAAAUAUAUGUGUUUUUUUUAUAUAUUUUCAAAUAAGAGCGUUAUAGUUAUUUUUACAGCAAAAAAUUAAAUUAAUUUCAUAAAAAUACCAAUUUUUAAUAUUUUGAUUUAUUAAUUACCCCUUUAAACUGUAUAAAUUUUAAUUUGUUCCUUAUUAAUUAAAAAUUUAAAAUUUUAAAGAAUCUCUAUUUUAUUAGAUUAUUGAGUUUAAGCCCAGGUUGAUGACUAAAUCACUUCGAAUGGUUGAUUCCGUAGCUUCUUGUCGUCUCAAAACCUCUGACAACAAACUUCAUUAGGCACAUCUUCCCAAGCUUUUGAUAACUAAAUAUUUUUUCAUAUAUAAAAUUUCCAUGAUAUGAAAAUCGUUCGAUCAAGGAUGGGGGUUAAUUUCCCCAAUUUUUAGAAAUUUUUACAGUCAAUCGUUCGAUCAAGGAUGGGUGGGGAGUCAGGAAAGUUUGUAAAGCCCAAGCCAAAAGAUUUUCAGCCUAUACUAGAAUUUUUUUAAAACGAUGCAUGCCUAUAGGGUCAAUAUUGUUGACCAGAUGCCACUAAUAUGAUAAAUAACGCAGGCACAUGCACUUGCAACAAUUCUCUAAAAACUUUUAAUACUGCCUCUUUAACCUGCACUUGCCAAGCAGGGUAUUAUGCCUUAGCUAAUGGAUAUUGCAUGCAAUGUUCAGCCCCAUGUGCUACAUGUACUUCAUAUAGUAAUUGCAUCACAUGUCAAGACCCAACUAAUAUGACUCUAAAUGGAGGAAUUUGUACUUGCACUGAUCCCAAUAAAUAUUUCAACUCAGCAGCUCUCGUUUGCCAAUGCAGUGGAGGAUAUUACUCAAAUGCAGGUGUUUGCACUCGAUGCUCCUUGCCAUGCAGUACAUGCUCUACUUCGGCUACUUAUUGCACUUCGUGCGUUGAUCCCAUUCACAUGACUCCUCCAACUCCAACAUCAGGAAUUUGCGCGUGCACUGAUCCAAAUGCUUCUUAUAGUACUGGAUCACAAAAAUGCUUAUGCAAUCAAGGAUAUUACUCACUCUUUCAUGAUUAGUGAUCAAAAUUUUUUCAGCUCACUAAAUAAUGGGUUAUUUUUUAUUAAAAUAUUUUGCUCGCUAUCUAAGCCUAUCAAAGAGAUUUUUCUAAUAGUUCUGCUCGCUUGCCAAGGGAAGUCAGAUUAUUCACACAAUGGCUUAGGAGUUUGCACUCCAUGUUCAGUGCCUUGCUCUUCGUGCUCGAAUUCAGCUACUUCUUGUACCGCAUGCGUUGAUCCUAUACACAUGAUUCUAAAUGGAGGUUAUUGUGUAUGCUCUGAUCCCAAUGCCUCUUUUAAUACUGUAUCACUUACUUGUCAAUGCAAUCCAGGAUAUUUUUCGCUAUCAGGCGUUUGCACUGCUUGUGGGUCAUCUUGCAUCUCAUGCUCAUCCUCAGGAUGUGAAGAUUGUUAUGAUCCUUCUAAUAUGACGAUCAACGGAGGACUAUGUGUAUGCAAAGACUUAAAUGCUUAUUUUAAUACUGCAACUAAUACAUGCCAAUGCAAAAAUGAGUACAUUUCAGUUUCUGGGAUAUGUCAGAGCUGUGAAGCACCUUGUAGCCAAUGUGAAAAUGCUACAACUUUUUGCACAGAAUGCGAUGAUUCCAAUAAUAUGGCUUUAGAUUCAGCCUCACUCCACCUGCUUUAAAUUGGAACAAAAAAUUCUGUUCCGAUUUAAUAGGCUGAUCAUUGUCUACAGGUCUUGAGGAAACUGCGUCAAGAUGUCGGGUGGUCGCCUCCACCAUAUUAAUGUAUCCAAAUGAGGUCAAAUAACUUUAUAAAAAUUAGUAUUUUCACCUAUAAAAUUUUCCUAGAAAACAAAUUCUGUUCCAAUUUGUAAGGUGUUUAAAAAGCCUAAAAAAAGUUAAUUUUACUGAUAUUUUGUUCAAAAUUUAAAAGGUUGAGUCAGGAGCAUGCACUUGCACAGAUCCUAAUGCUUCUUUUAAUGCAGGAACUCUUACAUGCCAAUGCAAUUCUGGCUAUCUUAAUUAUGGAGGAGCUUGUACCGCUUGCAUUGCACCUUGCUCUACCUGCCAAUCUUUACCAUAUUUGUGUACAUCAUGUGAUGAUGCUGCUAAUAUGGUUUUAAUGGGCUCAAAUUGCUUAUGCACAGAUACUAAUGCUUAUUUCAACAAGGAAUCUCUCACUUGCCAAUGCGAAUCGAGCUACUUUUCAAAUUCAGGAGUUUGCACUCAAUGCGAUGCAACAUGCUCUACUUGUUCAGGAUCCGCUUAUUUUUGUACUUCGUGCAAAGAUUCAAAUCAUAUGACUUUAAAUUCGGCUACAGGAGUUUGUUCAUGCACAGAUCCUAAUGCUAGUUUCAAUCAGGUUUUUAAUUUAUGCCAAUGCAAUUCAGGCUAUAUUUCAAAUUUAGGCGUUUGCGUUGCUUGUGUUUUGCCUUGUGCGACAUGCUCUUCUUCUGAUAUUGCAUUUUGCACUGCAUGUGAAGAUCCUAUGAAUAUAUACCCUCUUAUAUUAAUUUUGUCUUGAUAUAAAUAAUUUUGCUAUCAAAAAUAUGAUAAGUCUUAAAAUUUAUUAUUAAUUAUAAAUAUCAUCGUAAAAUAUAUUUUUUUUUUAUAUUAUAAGUAAAUUAAAUAUUUAGGGAGAUAUAUUUCUUAUAAGUAAAUGCAAAACGAAGAAAAAGGUAUAUGUAUUUAAAUACUGUUGCAGGGACAUGCAGAUGCUGGGAUCCUUAUGCUUCUUUUGAUCAGACUUCUAAAACUUGUCAGUGUAUUCAAGGCUAUUAUAUGUCAAGUUCAGGAGCAUGUCAACCUUGCAUCCCACCUUGUGCUCAAUGCUCUAAUUCAGAGACUUUUUGCACAGCAUGCAACGACUUUGCAAAUAUGAACUUAAAUGUGACCACAGGUGUAUGCACAUGCAAAGAGCCCAAUUUUCAGUUCAAUCCAUGGGUAAAAGCUUGCCAAUCUAAUUCUAGCUGCAAUUGCAAUCAGUGCGGCACCACAAUAAAUAAUUUCAUUUUCAACUUCUAA